AUGAGGGGAGAAAUUAAUAGAAAAGACAUCCACGCAGGCCAAGCUGUAGGCGACUCGCAGACCAGUUUCCUGAAUUUCGCCCUUAUACAUCCUCCGGCCGAGAGCCGGGAGCUGAGCCGGGACCGGCUCACGCCGAGCACCAGCCCGGGCAGUGAACGGCGCCGCCGCCGGGGGACGAGCGGCCGCCCUGUAGCGCCCGCGACCGCCCCGCGGGAAGGGCCGCAGGGGAACCGGGCGGAGGAGGGGGACUCGGGGGCCUCCCCCCACAAACUUACCGCCCGCAGCCCGCCUCCCGCAGCCCGCCCAGCCCAGCUCGGCGCCCGCCCGCCCGACCCCUCGGCCCCGCGGGCGGGGGCUCGGGCCCGGGAGAAAGUUGCCGAGAAAGUUUCUGCGGAGGAGAAGGGUCCAAGGCCGCGGCGACCCGGGGAGGGAAGCGGGGAGGAGGGGAAGGGAGGAGGGACGAGGAGCGGGAGGAGGGAGCGGAGCGCUCCGGUGCGUGCGGGGAGCCGGAGCCUUGCUGCGGGAGGAGGAGGAGGCGGCGGUGGAGGAGGAGGAGACUCCCCGCCCCUACGGCUGUGCUCUCCGGCGGGCAGCGCGGCCCCUCCUCCGUGCCGAGCUUCCCCCCAUGCGGCCCGGGCCGGGCUCGCCGCGCCUCCCGGCCGGGGCAGCGGCUCCACGCCCGAGCCGGAGGCCGCGGGGAGGAGCCGGGCGGCCCCCAUGGAGCCGGGCUGGCGGCAGCGGCGGUGCCUCCUCCGCGCCGCUGCGCACCGAGACAACAUGGUGGAGGCGUGCGAGGCCGUGCGGGGGCGGCGGGCGGGGAGCCGGGGCUCGCCCUGCUCCGCCGCUCGGCCGAGGGCGGCCGCCCGCUCCCAGCCUUUUCUACCCGGGCUGGAGCCGGGGCUGGGUCGCGGGGACCCUCGUCGGGGUAGAUCCGGGGGGAGUUGCUCCUCCCGCCGUGCCAGGCGGGUCAGCUCGAGGAGCCUCUCGGCAGACAAGCUGAACCUGAGAGAUUUCGGCAGCGGACCCUUUCAGCGCGAAUACCCAUUUUGCCUUCAAAUGCAUCUGCAUCUCCAAAUGGCCGGCAUCUUUGUGUUUGACUCCUGAUUUGCCCUGAUGUUUUGUCACUGUGCUUCUCCGGUAUCUGGCUUUCAGGAGAGAAAAGCAGCAGAACAGAACCGAACCUGAGGCCCCUUCACGAGUGAUGAAGCAGGUGAUGGUACAUCAUGGCUGAUCAGAACCUUUCUGUUCAUGUUCUUUGAAAGGAAAAAAAUCCACUGCUAUAAAGUUUCAGGAGAAUUAAGUACAUUCCAUGAAUUCAGAACUGAAAGCUACAAAAAGGACAAAUUUAUUUAUUUAUUUAUUUGUUUAUUUGUUUAUUAAGGACAGUUUUUACCAACAUGCAUUUAUAUCAGUUUUGAAUUAUCCUAAGAAAGGCAGCUGGCAAAUAGUCCUUUCUCCACCCCGCACCCUCUCCCCUCUCUGAAUAUGCAAGUAAUUGAUCCUGCUGUUUCAGGCAACUGUAAAACUUUAGAGGGGAUGUAAAAAUCUUGGAUUCUUUUUUUAAGCAACAUCAUAUUUCAGUAUUUUCUUAUGUUUCAUACAUUUCAUUAAAUAGUUUGUGGAAGCCAGAUAAUUUUGCAUGUCUGGUAUUUCAUUUCUCUUGGAAUAAAUUGUAAAUGAUAUGAUAAAAAGAUAGAUUUAUAAUUCUCAUAACGGGCAAUGCUAGUUAAUAAUAUGCUUUAAGGAUUACACUAGUGUGGCUCACAUGCUACUUCCUUCUGCUUAUUUUUCCUUUCGCUUUUGGUUAAAGUGGAAUUUUCCAAAAAACAAGAAUUUCCUUCGAAGUGGAGCCUAUUGAAAAUCAAGACUGUAUGUGCAAAAUUGUCCCACAUUUUUGCUUUUUUUAUUUCUAAUUGGGAAGAAAAGUAAAACAUGGAAAGUUCCAAAGUAUUUUCGUUUUAAAACGUGGGCUUGGGACAUCUUUGAUGCAUCAUCAUAACAGCUAGAAUGGACACUAUUGUUCUUGAUGGAAAAUGCAAUCCAUUUAAAAACCCCAGAUGAUGGGGGAAAAUGAUGGACCUAAACAGUGACAAACUCAUGAUGAGUAAUAACAAACCAUUCUGAAGAAAAACAUUUAGAUUUGCUUGGACGGUUCAAAACAUUUUGGAUUCUUUUUUUUAUUUUCCCAAAGGGACAUUACAUUGUUUUGGCACAACCAACUUUUUCCUGUGGAAAAAAUAUUACAGAAACCACUUUUCUAUUAAAAACCAUGAACAGAAUUCUGGACCAGCAAUAGAGGGAAGUAGUCAAGCCAAAACCAAGUGCAUUUGAAAAUGUCCUCUGAGAAGAACCUUUUGACUGCUCCAAUCUAGCAAUAAGAAUUUUAUUGAAGGUAAAUGUAUUUCAUACACACCAAACAUAACCUGAUGAAAUUCAUGUAGCAUAGCUUGGUGUGUGUCAACACAUUUGAAAUAUGAUGUUUCACAGAUGCACUUGAAAACUCUGUUUAAAAAUGUGAAAAAGUUCUGUUGAAAGGCUUGGGCCUUUGAGGUAAAAAAUCACAUCUGAGAUUUCUCAACUGUUUUGCUAAGACUGGGCAUUUUUAAAAA